UCCGCCCGGCCUCGGACACACGCACAGUGCCCGCCAUGGCGCUGCCCGGGGCUCGGGGGCGCGGCUGGGCAGCAGCUGCCAGAGGGGCCCAGAGGCGCCGCCACACGGAGCGCGCGGGAGGACGCCCGGGUCCAGAGCCCGAGAGCCGGCGCGCGGCGCUUUACGUGCACUGGCCGUACUGCGAGAAGCGAUGCACUUACUGCAACUUCAACAAGUACAUCCCCCGCGCUGGCGGCCUGGAGGAGGCAGCGAUGCGCAGCUGCCUGGUGACCGAGGCCAGGACUCUACUGCACAUCAGUGGGGUGCGCCGGGUGGAGUCUGUGUUCUUUGGCGGGGGCACCCCAAGCCUGGCCAGUCCCCGCACCGUGGCUGCAGUCUUGGAGGCGGUGGCCACCGCCGCCCACCUGCCCGCAGACUCCGAGGUCACGCUGGAGGUCAACCCUGCGUCAGCCCCAGGCGCCAAGCUGGCAGCUUUUGGAGCGGCAGGGGUCAACAGGGUGUCCAUCGGCCUCCAGUCCCUGGAGGACCGGGAGCUCCGGCUGCUGGGGCGGACCCACUCAGCCCACGACGCCCUGAGGACCCUGGAGGAGGCCCGGCGCCUCUUCCCAGGGCGCGUGUCCACAGACCUGCUGCUAGGGCUGCCUGCACAGCAGACGGGGCCAUGGCUGCGGCAGCUGCAGGGGCUGCUCCGGUGCUGUGAUGACCACGUGUCCCUGUACCAGCUGUCCCUGGAGCGGGGCACCCCACUCUUCAGCCAGGUGCAGCGGGGCGCCCUGCCCACACCUGAUCCAGACCUGGCCGCCGAGAUGUACCUGGAGGGCCGGACUGCCUUGCGGGAGGCGGGCUUCCGCCAGUACGAGGUCUCCAACUUCGCCAGGAACGGGGCGCUUAGUACCCACAAUUGGACAUACUGGCAGUGUGGACAGUAUCUUGGCAUUGGGCCCGGGGCCCACGGGCGGUUUGUACCCCUGGGGGCCGGUGGCCACACCCGGGAAGCUCGGAUCCAGACCCUGGAGCCUGACAACUGGAUGAGGGAGGUGAUGCUGUCUGGCCACGGCACCCGGAAGCGUGUCCCCCUGGGCGAGCUGGAGCUACUGGAGGAAGUUUUGGCCAUGGGGCUGCGGACAGAUGUGGGAGUCACUCACCAGCACUGGCAGCGGUUCAUGCCCCGGCUGAGCCUGGGGGACGUGUUCGGAGCAAGCCCGGCAGUGGGGGAGCUGCAGGCACAGGGGCUGUUGCUGCUGGAUGACAGGGGUCUGCGGUGUUCCUGGGAGGGCCUGGCCGUUCUCGACUCUGCGUUGCUGAUCCUCCUCCCUCUGCUCCGCGAGGCCUGGCAGCGAAGGCCCUGCCCCGCACUAGGAGGGUGACCGGACCCCGUCAGAUUUCAAACCUCCAGAAAAGUUGAAAGGAAGAGUUCGAUGUAAACCGUACCCACCGCCUCCGCCGCAGGGAGCCGGCACAGUGUGGGAAGAGACGAGGAUUCAUGUUAGCAAGGCCCGCUUCCACCCACCGAAAUCAAACAGCCAGCCUCCCGGCCCAGUGCUCAGCCCGGCCUCGGCCAUUGUUACACACCGGCCACGUUCAUUUCAUCUUUAGACAGCUCGCUCGCGCGCGACUUUCUUUUUUCCUUCCUGUCUUUCUUUUUCUGCACCGUUUGAAAGAAAGUUGUAGACGCCAAACAUUUUAUCUUCUGUGUCCAAGGAAAGAUUUAUUCUCUGGCCACAGAAACCGUUAUCAGCCCAAGAGCAAUGACAGCCAUGCGGUUUUCUCGAAUGUGCGCCCGGGCUUCCGAAACACCUUCUAAUUCAUAAGGGGACACAGGUUCCAAUAAAGUUUUAUGCUUCACUUUCAA